AUGGAUAUGCACUGCAAAGCAGACCCCUUCUCCGCGAUGCACCCAGGGCACGGGGGUGUGAACCAGCUCGGGGGGGUGUUUGUGAACGGCCGACCCCUGCCCGACGUGGUGAGGCAGCGCAUCGUGGAGCUAGCCCACCAGGGUGUGCGGCCCUGCGACAUAUCCCGGCAGCUGCGGGUCAGCCACGGCUGUGUCAGCAAAAUCCUGGGCAGGUACUACGAGACUGGCAGCAUCAAGCCCGGAGUGAUAGGUGGCUCCAAGCCCAAAGUGGCGACGCCCAAAGUGGUGGACAAGAUUGCUGAAUACAAGCGACAGAACCCAACUAUGUUCGCCUGGGAAAUCCGUGACCGGCUCCUGGCUGAGGGAAUCUGCGACAAUGACACAGUGCCCAGUGUCUCUUCCAUCAACAGGAUCAUCCGGACCAAAGUUCAGCAGCCUUUUCACCCAACGCCCGAUGGGGCUGGGACCGGAGUGACUGCACCCGGCCACACCAUUGUUCCCAGUACGGCCUCCCCUCCUGUUUCCAGCGCCUCCAAUGAUCCAGUGGGAUCCUACUCCAUCAACGGGAUCCUGGGGAUCCCUCGCUCCAAUGGCGAGAAGAGGAAACGUGAUGAAGUCGAGGUAUACACUGAUCCUGCCUACAUUAGAGGAGGUGGAGGUUUGCAUCUGGUCUGGACUUUAAGAGAUGUGUCCGAGGGCUCAGUCCCCAAUGGAGACUCCCAGAGUGGCGUGGACAGUUUGCGGAAGCACUUGCGAGCUGACACCUUCACCCAGCAGCAGCUGGAAGCUUUGGAUCGGGUCUUUGAGCGUCCUUCCUACCCUGACGUCUUCCAGGCCUCAGAGCACAUCAAAUCAGAACAGGGGAACGAGUACUCCCUCCCAGCCCUGACCCCUGGGCUUGAUGAAGUCAAGUCAAGUCUAUCUGCAUCCACCAACCCCGAGCUGGCCAGCAACGUGUCAGGCACGCAGACAUACCCCGUUGUGACCGGUCGUGACAUGGCGAGCACCACUCUGCCUGGUUACCCCCCUCACGUGCCCCCCACUGGCCAGGGAAGCUAUCCCACCUCCACCCUGGCAGGAAUGGUGCCUGGGAGCGAGUUCUCCGGCAACCCGUACAGCCACCCCCAGUACACGGCCUACAACGAGGCUUGGAGAUUCAGCAACCCCGCCUUACUAAGUUCCCCUUAUUAUUAUAGUGCCGCCCCCCGGGGCUCCGCCCCUGCCGCUGCUGCCGCUGCCUAUGACCGCCACUAG